AUGAGAGUGAUUCUAGUGAUAGUUUUGUGUUUAUCUUCGGGAUUUUGGACAAAUGGCCUUAAGCAAACUGAAUCCACCGAGCGAACUUCUACAGAUAGUGACUUAGAUUUAAAUUCCACUACUUUAAACAGUGGCAUUGAUAAAGGAACAACAUUUAGAACAGCUAACGCUAUAGAAAAUGAAACAAGGGAUACUGAAAGUACGGAGCAAACUAUAUUAGGUGCCACAUCCACAUCUACGCCAGAUUCAACAAUAAAUAAUGAAAUAACUUCAGAUUUCACCGUAGAAUACAUCACAAAAGAUUCGACAACAAUACAUUCUACCAAAAAUUCUGUUUAUUUGAAAUGUGCUGAUGAUUAUUCUUGGACAUUUAAAUCAGAUGUUACUUCUCUUAAUGUAUUGGAUGCCAACAUACCUCAAGGACAAACAUACUUCUGUAAUGCUUCCUUGGUAACUACUACUGGCAUUAAUUCAACGAAAUCCAAUUCAUUACAGCUACCUCCAGGAACACAAGUUAUCAAUCCUGAACUCAGUAGUGAUUUGACACUGACAUGGGAUCCACCUUUUGAAAAUGCAAGUCUGACAUAUUCUAUAAAUAUAACUGGAGUACCCAACCAUGAUAUUCCACCUGAUUGUGAUCAAACAGACAACCGUUCGUUAAAUACGUCCAUGACCAAUAUCUCACUGAAAGCUGAUUUUAGUUAUUCUAUAACUAUAACCACAUCUUUCUGGGAAAUACUUGUCACAAAUUUAACACAACGUAGUACUGCAAGUUCAGCACCUGGCCCACCCAGAUACGUUGAUGUUAACAAAAACACUAGCGGUUAUUACCUAACCUGGAGCAUGCCUUGUGACCCUAACGGAAAGCUUUCUGGUUAUAACAUUGAACUGUCCGACAACCCUCCGAAAACUACUGAAGCAAUUUCAGAUAUUGACAUAUUUAACUUUUUUAACGUUCAGCCAGAGCCAUCUACACAAUAUUUUGUGAGCGUAUCAGCAAUUGGAUCCAACGAUUAUACGGAGAAGCAGAUACUGUUGCAUUUAUUACUGACGCAAGUAAUACCAAACACACCAAAUCUUACUAUUACUUUCCAAAAUGCAACUUCUUUUAUUAUACGCUGGUACAUUCCACCAGAUGGCGCCGAAGCAGCGAACAUAACUGAAUACGAACUAAGUAUUGAUAUCUUAGGGUCAACAUAUAAUGAAGAUCCUGAUUGUCCAAAACCAUCUCCUAUUAGUAGACAAACUCUUGAUAAAGUUGAGACUGAAUAUAGUUUUGACAAAGCGUGGCCCAGCUACCAGUACAAUUUUUCUUUAACCCCCUCCAGUGUAAGUGGACAAGGACCUACGGGAUUUAUUAUAGUGACGACCAAUUAUACAGUGCCAGAAGCCCCAACAGAUUUAACAAUCAUCACCAAGUCACUCGAGAAUAACAUUAUACCGGUAAACAUACAUUGGAAUGAUCCUUGCAAAAUAAAUGGAAACAUGGAUGGGUACUGGAUUGAGAUCCAAGAAAGAUAUACAGAAGAACAAGAUCAGCGUGUGUUCUACAACAAUUCCGUCAACAACCAAACUGUUGAUCAUAGUUUUAAUCCGUCACAUGAAUAUUUAAUCAGGGUCGCUAUACAACUCGAUGAUACAACGAUCGGAAGCUGGGCCAAGGACAAUAUUACCACAGAUGUUGGUUAUCCAGGGUUGCCUAUACUUAACCCCUCAAUGAUCAAGAAAGGUGCACGAAAUUUGUCCAUACCCUGGCAAAGACCUCUAGAAAAAACCGGUCCCAUUGAAUUAUACGAACUUAGCGUCAAAUACCGUGAACCGAUGUAUGAGAUUCCAAAGGUUUGUUCGAAACCAACGCCUAGCAACUUUUUUGGUAACAUAUCACACAGUAGGAUGAACCAAGAUGUCACGAACCUUCUGCCAUAUUCAAAUUACGAUAUAAAGUUAAGGGCAAAAACUGUUUCGGGAUAUUAUGGAAAUUUUACUACUGUAAAUGUCACAACAUUGGAAAGCGAUCCCGAUAUUGCGACCAACAUCACCAGCAACUGUACAAGUGAAUUAACAGAAACAUACAAAGCCAGCCUCAAUGUAUACUUCAAUACGCCCUGUAACUUAUACGGCAAUUUUAAGAACUUUACCAUUAAGUGUAAAGGAAAACGUCAGGGCUAUGGCGAUGUUAAUCUCAUCGGAGGUGUUAAUAAUGCUACUUACGAUAGUGUCAAUUGGUUUUCGACUAUGGAUCUUGUCCCGCAGUAUAAUUACAGCUGUAACAUUACAACUUUCAAUACAUUUUAUCAAAGCAUAUCCAAAGAGUUUACGUUUAAGAGUCCAGCUGGAGAGCCAAAUUUUAACGUAAGCUUCAACGUUCUUCCUGUACUAAACGUAGCAACAGACAAUGCUCAAAUCCAUCUAAAGAAAAUUUACUUCGAGUCAUGGCAAGCAGAUGCUCAGUACAUUGCUUUACUCCUUAAUCAAGACAAAGCUGUUAACUAUACCUCAUACAAACGGACGCAAUCAGAUUGGCCUGCUCUGGGAGAUCAAUCGCGACAAAUAACUCCAGACUUUUGGUAUCCAUUUCAUGAUACAGACGAAAUCUAUUUUACCAUUGGUAAUGGUUCAGUGUUAAAUCCUGCCUUGAACCCAGACCAAAACUAUCAUCUAUCUGUCAGAGUUAUUACAGAUACCUUCUACACAGACAGUCCAACAUUAGAUUUUACAACAGCUGCACUUAGUAAAGUAGGACUCAUAGUAGGAGUGAUAAUAUCAAUCUUGCUGAUAGCCAUUUUAGGAAUAGCUGGUUUCUAUAUAUGGAAGAAAAAUCUCCACAGGAAAUUCAUUGAAAAGUAUGUACGCCCCUCAGUGAUGGUAAAACCACCGCCUCUUAGUGCUACGGCUGUGCCCGUCAAGAAGUUUGUCCACUACUUCCAAUCGAAUAAAAAUAAGCCCGAAAUAUUCAAACAAGAAUUCGCUGAAAUCACCGAAAAAGGAAAAGAAAUUCAGUCACUGCACACAUGUAACUUUGCCGGAUUGUCAGAAAAUAGAAGGAAAAAUCGAUACGUCAAUAUAUUGCCAUUUGAUGAAUCAAGAGUUAAACUUCUAAUUGACGAAGAUGAUGAAAUUGGAUCUGAUUAUAUAAACGCCUCAUACGUCAAGGGAUACUCGGGAGAUAUUGAGUACAUUGCCACACAAGGACCACUUGCGACAACUUGUAGGGACUUUUGGAAGCUAGUUCUUCAAGAAAAUGUUACAAUAAUAGUUAUGGUGGCAAAUUUUGUCGAAAAAAAUAAGGAUUUAACACAAGUCACUGUCACACACAUGCAAUUCCUGGAAUGGCCAGAUUUUCGAGUCCCUGCGGGCACUGAGCACAUGCUUCAAUUCUGCCACAAGUUGAGAGAAAGGAUCAGGAUGGAAGGUGGAAUAAUGAUCGUACAUUGCAGCGCUGGCGUGGGCAGAACUGGUACUCUCAUCGCCGCAGACAUUCUCUUGCAGACCGCCGCUGCUAGGAAACCCCUGGAUGUAUAUAAAACAGUAUUAGAUCUAAGAAAACAAAGAUGUAUGAUGGUGCAAACUGAGGAACAAUACAUAUAUGUACAUCGGCUACUUGCGGACCAUAUAGACAGGCCAGCCACACCAGACGCAGCAGAAGCGGAUCCUGUAUAUGAAAAUAUGGACAUGAUCAAAAGGAGGACGAAUACCGACUGUAGAAGUACAGAUGAAGAAGAAAGUGGAUUUUAAUUGCUACAAUUUUUUAUUAAAUCAUUCCAAAAACGACUGAGCACGGAGUAUUACCUAAAACUAGAUAGAAUAACUUACUUUUAUAUUUGGUUUUAUAUUCAGAAACUUCAAAAUAUGAGGUUGAAAAUAAGGUGCUAAAAUCAUUUUCUUCUAAACAUACAUUAUGUCUGUGAAUAUUCUAGUAAACCAUGUUUUGUAGCCUUGUAGGCUAAAUUUAUACGCAAAUACAGAGAUAGUUUUAGCACAAAUAUCAUCAUACGCAACCCAUAUACAUGUACUUAAUAUUAGAUAUGAGUUUAAUUAACCUUUAAAAUAAUUGGAAUGUAACGAAACUUAAAAAACUGUAUACACUGUAAAAUUGUAAAAAAAUAAUGUUAUAUAUGGAAUAGAAAACAGCAGUGUUUUGAUUGAUGUGUACAUACAGAUCUUUUUUCUUUUAUAAGAACGAAAUUAUUACAGUAUUAGGCUUCAAAUUAAGCCAAUAAUCUUGUGUAAAAUGUAUAUUUUUAUUAUAGUUUAUGUUGUAAAAAACAAAUUCUUCUCUUUUACAAUUUUUUUAUUAAAAACUUUUAAAAUAUAUUCUGAAACAUAUAGAAAUCAUAAUUUUGAUGGUUACUGCUCUUAAAAAGUGAUAAUAGGAUUCUGAAACAACGUGAUUCCACGCUAGUUUCCACAUUCUAACUGGUCUCCUUUUUUAUGUAAUCAUAUAAUAAUACCACUAUACAUAUAAUAUACCACGAUAAUAAUAAUAUCAUUAUUAUCAGCUUAUCUAUUGUAUUUAGUAAUGCGUCUCCUCCUUCAUUUUGUUACCAUUAGUUGUGCCUUGCUUCUACGAAUAAUGGUGACAUCGUCUGCAUAUGCAGUAAUUUGUACUGUUUUGGUGUUUAUAUGGCCGUUACAUUGCUUUUUCUGAUGACUGCUUCAAGAACUAGGUUGAACAGCAUGGUUGUAAGUGCGUCCCCCUGUCUCACCCCCAUGAUGUCAAACAGGAGCAGUUCUCCAUCACUCUACUGCGGCUUUAACCCUGCAACAUCAUUUUUAUGAGCUGAUGUAUUUUGGUAUACCUAGAUUCAGGUCUUCCAGUUUUGUCUCUUUUCACACUAUCAAAAACUUGUUUAAAGUCUAUAUACAUAGUAUAUAGUUGUAUGUCAUAUUCAUAAGCUUUCUCUUUUAUUGUUCUAAGUAUGAAUAUGGUAAUGGAUUCUUCCCCAGAGUUUGGGUCAUCCAUAUUUCAAUAAUUCUGCCGAAACUCCGUCCCUUCCUGGCACUUUAAUGUUUUUUAGUUUCUUUAUUAUCUGAACUACUUCUUCAUAACUCGGAUUUUCAAUGUGCUGCUCCGCCGUAGAAUAUACUGUUUCGUUUUGAUCAUUUCCAUUGUCUGCAUUUAGGUUUUCCUCAAAGUAUUCUUUCCAUCUCAUUAUAAUUUUUUGUUUCUCUGUUAGUAGUUCUCCGUCCUUGGCUUUGCAUAUUGUCAAUUUUGGUCUAAAUGACGUGUGCUUCUGUUUCUAUAGAAUUUCUGCUUGUACUUGUCUGUUUUUUCAAAGCCUCUUUUUUUUCUGCAUAUUCUAAUCGCUUGUAUUCUCUUUUCGUUAUAAAUUUCUCUGCUAUUUCUUGUGUUUCUUUGAAGUUGUUUAAGCCUAGCUUGCCUUUUUUUCUCUACUGCAGUUCUGCAUUCAUCAUUUCGCAUUUUCAUUCUAAAAGAAAUAUCUUCCAAAAAGUCCUAAAUAACUUUUAAAAUAUAUCAUGAACAUGUUUUGAGUUUGCACUACUAAUGCUGAAUUGUUUCGUUCUGAGUUAUGUGAAGUUAAAAAUUCAGCUAUUCUUAACAAAUUGAGCAGUGAAUAUGGGCAUAUGCACCGAUUCUUCCUAGCUUUCAAGUAACCUCACUAUCUUCCUGCUUCAAAAUUGUUUUAGAAGUUUUGGAAAAAAAAGUUUAAGUUGAAUGUUUAUUCAAAAUUCAAUAUUUUGUGUUGAUUUAAAAUUCUUUGUACUACAUAUCUUACAGAUCAUGUAAAAAACAAUUAGGGAUAGCUGGAAAAUGUGCAAUUCAAAAAGUUAUAUUUUAUAUACUGUAUGUAAUAAAACUUAUUUUUAAAAC